AUGACGCCGCAGAGUCGGACGGAAGUUGCUUUCGCCACACUCCCUGAACGCCUCUCACGAGCCGCCGAACAAGCGCAGAAGCGCGAAAGGGUCGAGGAGGACUUGACAAGGUGGCAGCUGCUGUACCGGCGGGCGCGCUACUACAUCCCUGUCCUCCAGUGGCUUCCGCAUUACUCGCUCAGGAGCUUCAUGCGGGAUGUCAUCGCCGCUCUCACGCUCACCUCGCUCAUCGCGCCGCAAAGCAUGUCCUACGCGACGAACUUGGUCCACACCGAUCCUGUCCACGGUCUCUUCGGCGCAGCUGUACCCGCCAUGGUCUACUCAGCGAUGGGAACAUGCCGCCAGUUGUCGGUCGGGCCGGAAGCAGCGUUGUCGCUCAUCACGGGCGAGACGAUUGCCAAGUUCAUCGAGGAGGAGGAGCAUGCGCAUGGCAGGAUGAGCGACGCGCAUCGAGUCAAGUUCAUCGCCAAGAUCAUCACGGUCAUCACGUUCGAGAGCGGUCUCGUCACCUUCCUACUUGGAUUCUUCCGACUCGGCUUCCUCGAUGCGGUUCUCUCGAGGGCCCUCCUGCGCGGCUUUAUGACGGCCGUCGCGGUGACGAUCUUCGUCUCGCAAGCACCGUCGAUCCUCGGUAUCGAAGCCGGUCUCAACGCUGCGUACGGCGCGUCCUCCUCGGUUCUCGAGAAGGUCCAGUACAUCGCGACGCAUCUCGGAGAAACCCACCGCCUCACUCUCCUGGUCAGCAUCAUCGCUCUCGCGGCUCUCAUCGGCGGCAAGAUUGGCAAGAGGACGGUGGCGCAGAAGAAGGGGUAUUGGAGAAUUGCACUCUACGUGCCGGAGGUCCUGCUUGUCGUCGUCCUGUCCACCAUCCUCUCGCACAUCUUCCACUGGAAUCACGCUGGUCUAUCCGUUCUCGGUCGUGUCUCUCCCGGCGACGUCAAAGUUCGCGUCCCGUUCGUCGGCUGGGGAUACAUGCGUCGCUACGUCACCAAGUCGUUCGGCACAUCGACCGUCAUUGCGAUCCUCGGCUUCCUCGAUUCGAUCGUUGCGGCGAAGGACAUGGCAUCGAAGCACGACUACCCGAUCAGCCCUAACCGCGAACUCUGCGCACUCGGAUCCGCCAACCUCUUCGCCGCAUUCUGUACCGGCUCGCUCCCCGGCUAUGGCUCAAUCACCCGCUCUCGUCUCGCCUCAGCGACGGGCGCAAGGACGCAGAUGUCCUCCCUCCUCACCGGCACCUUCGUCCUCCUCGUCACCUACUUCCUCCUCCGCUUCCUCGGCCCGCUGCCGAAGUGCAUACUCGCCGUUAUCGUUUGCGUCGUCGUCUACUCGAUCUUCGAAGAGACGCCCGAAGACGUCAAAUUCUUCUACAAGAUGGGCUCGUGGACCGACGGCGGCCUGAUGCUGCUUACCUUCGCCCUCAGUCUUUUCGUCUCGGUCGAGGUCGGCAUCAUCACGUCCGUCGCGCUUUCGAUGCUCCUCUGCAUCAAGCACUCGACAGCCAUGCGCCUCAAUAUCCUCGGACGCGUUCCCGGCACAUCGACGUUCGAGCCGCUCGAGGAAGAUCUGAACGACGACGGCUUGUUGCCGGUCAUGGGCGAAGAGGUGCCCGGCGUCUUAAUCGUCAAGAUUAGGGAUGUCGCCUUGACGUUCGCGAAUACGGGUUACCUGAAGGAGCGCUUGAGGAGGCUUGAGCGGUACGGGCACGGGCGGCAUCACCCAGCGGAGGAGCCGAGGAGGGAAGAAGCGAGCGUCGUCAUAUUCGACUUGACGGACGUGAGCGAGGUCGACGCCUCCGCCUUGCAGAUCAUGCUCGAGCUUGUCGACUCGUACGCCGCGAGGAACGUUCUCAUCUACUGGACGCAGUGCAACCCUCGCGCUCUCGCAAGGCUGCGUGAAGCUGGUGUCGUCGACAAGUCCGGAGGAGACAGCCACGUUCAGCCUUCGGUCGCCCGCGCCCUCGAGGAGAUUCACGAGACCAUGAUGCAGGUCAAUGGCGGGACCAGCGGAGUGGACGCGAGCAGCAUAGUCUAG